UCAGCCGUCCCGCCCCCAACCCCGGAAGUGGGCGGCCCGCCGCGCGCCGCGAGGUCCCGGCUCAGCGCCCGCGGGGUCGUGUGUUCGCCCGUCUGCGUCGGAGCGCUGCCCGCCCAGGCCCGGGAUGUACAUGCAGGUGGAGUCCCGCAGCAGCUCCUGCCUCCAUCUGAAGAGGGCUCCGGGCAUCAGGUCCUGGUCUUUGCUUGUUGGAAUCUUGUCCAUUGGCCUGGCUGCUGCAUACUACAGUGGAGAUAGUUUGGGCUGGAAGCUCUUCUAUGUCACCGGCUGCCUGUUCGUGGCCGUGCAGAACCUGGAGGACUGGGAGGAAGCCAUCUUCAACAAGAGCACGGGGAAGGUUGUACUGAAGACCUUCAGCCUGUACCGGAAGCUGCUGACUCUUUUCAGAGCUGGCCACGACCAAGUGGUGGUCCUGCUGAAUGACAUCCGGGAUGUGAACGUGGAGGAGGAGAAAGUUCGGUAUUUCGGGAAGGGCUAUGUGGUGGUGCUGCGGUUCGCGACAGGUUUCUCCCACCCGCUCACCCAGAGUGCUGUCAUGGGCCACCGCAGUGAUGUGGAAGCCAUAGCCAAGCUCAUUGCCACCUUCCUGGAACUGCACCGUCUGGAGAGUCCUGCGGAGCUGUCUCAGAGCAGCGACAGUGAGGCUGAUGGCCUGGGGACCCAGAGCUAACGCCCCUGAGGCCCUAGUGGGCCCGAUGGGCCACCAGCAGGUCUUCUUCCAGCCCUGGCUGUGUCCCUGGCAGUCCCGGGGUGGGACCCUCUGCCGUUCCUGCUGCUUGCUUCUGCCUUCUGAGCAAAACCACAGGCUGGACUUUGGACUUUGUCUGCAGGCUCUGAGCUGUGCAGGGAGAGUGUUGGAUGGCCAGCCCCAGCCUGGCCAGCGUGGGCGGGUUGUGAGGGCACAUGCACCCCACUGCCUGCCAGCAGUGUGGGGAUCAGGUCUCUGAAAAGGAAGCAGUGCCCAGGCUCCCUGGGGUGGGGAGGGGGGUUGGCCAGCCCUGGCACCCCCAGCAGUUUGGUCCCAGUGAGAGCAGGGCCAGCAGCUGGGUCAGGCCCAGGGAUGCCAGGGGGCUGCCCACGCACGCGUGCGCCCACCCCACCUGCUGCAGCCCUUCCCUGGUUACUGAGGUGCUGGCCCAGGGGCUGUGGGCCCCACCUGGCUGCGUGGCAGCCGCUCCCAGGGCCUCCACAGCCCACAGGGAGCCCUUGUCCACUGGGAUGGCAGCUGGGCUUUUGCAGGUGGGAGAAGCCUGUGCAUGACCCGGGCCAGGGUGGCUCCCAUAGGAACCCAGGCAGGACCUGGUGCCACGAGGACCCUCUGAGCGGGUGCUGCAGAGCAGGGAGCACGGCCUGAGGAGUAGACCUGCCCCCUUCUCAGUGGAGGUCCCCGACAGCCCUAGUUUGGGGGUGCGGUCACUUAUACAUACCAAAGUUAGGUUUUAAAGUGGUAAAAUUCAAAAGCCUUUUUCUAAAAUAAAGUAUGAAAUGCUGUAA